GAAAGCUGCCUUUUGCGUGAGGCACCUUCCGCUGCGGGGAUCGGCGUUUUAACCCGUGCAUAUAUUGCGGCCGGCCCGAUUGUUAUUUUUACGAGAGCUUUCUCGUUCAUUAGACAUGGCAUAUUGUAGCAGAGCUGUUCUCAGCAAGGCCUGCCAUGCCGUGACGUGGCAGACCCAGGCGCGAUGCUUCCACCAGUCGCCUCUGAGCUACGCGGCUGGCAAGGCGGCCAUGUCGCGCUUCGAUGACGCCCAGCUGCCCUACGACAAGCUGCGCAAAAACUACGAGGUCGUCAAGAAACGCUUGGACCGGCCGAUGACGGCGUCGGAGAAGGUGCUGUACAGCCACCUGGAGAGUCCGGCGUCGCAGGAGCUGGAGCGCGGCUCCUCCUACCUGCAGCUGCGGCCCGACCGCGUGGCGCUGCAGGACGCCACGGCCCAGAUGGCGCUGCUGCAGUUCAUCAGCUCCGGCCUGCCGCGCGUCGCCGUCCCCUCCACCAUCCACUGCGACCACCUGAUCGAGGCGCAGGUCGGCGGCGUGGAGGACCUGGCGCGCGCCAAGGACCUCAACAAGGAGGUGUACCACUUCCUGGCGUCGGCCGGCGCCAAGUACGGCCUCGGCUUCUGGCGGCCGGGAUCUGGCAUCAUCCACCAGAUCAUCCUGGAGAACUACGCCUUCCCCGGCCUGCUGAUGGUGGGCACCGACUCGCACACGCCCAACGGCGGCGGCCUCGGCGGCCUCUGCAUCGGCGUGGGCGGCGCCGACGCCGUCGACGUUAUGGCCGACAUCCCGUGGGAGCUCAAGUGUCCCAAGGUGAUUGGCGUGCACUUGACGGGCGCGCUGUCUGGCUGGACGUCGCCAAAGGACAUCAUCCUGAAGGUGGCCGGGAUCCUGACAGUGAAGGGCGGUACCGGAGCCAUCGUCGAGUACUUCGGACCGGGCCUGGACUCAAUCUCCUGCACCGGCAUGGCGACCAUCUGCAACAUGGGAGCUGAGAUCGGCGCCACCACCUCGCUGUUCCCCUACAACCAGCGCAUGCACGACUACCUGGCCGCUACCGGCCGCAAGGACAUCGCCAACAGCGCCGACGACAACGCCGCCCUGCUGACGCCCGACGCCGGGGCGCCGUAUGACCAGCUGAUCGAGAUCAACCUGUCGGAGCUGAAGCCGCACGUGAACGGACCGUUCACCCCCGACCUGGCCACGCCCAUCGACCAGCUGGCCAGCACGGCCAAGGCCAACGGCUGGCCGCUCGAGGUCAAAGUCGGCCUGAUCGGCUCGUGCACCAACUCGUCCUACGAGGACAUGGGCCGGUGCGCGUCGCUGGCGCGCCAGGCGCUGGACCACGGCAUCAAGGCCAAGUCGACGUUCAACGUCACGCCCGGCUCGGAGCAGAUCCGCGCCACCAUCGAGCGGGACGGCAUCGCGGAGACGCUGCGGGAGUUCGGCGGCACGGUGCUGGCCAACGCGUGCGGCCCCUGCAUCGGCCAGUGGGAUCGCAAGGACGUCCAGAAGGGCGAGAAGAAUACCAUCGUGACGUCGUACAACAGGAACUUCACCGGCCGUAACGACGCCAACGCGGCCACCCACGCGUUCGUCACGUCGCCGGAGCUGACGACGGCGCUCUCGCUGGCCGGCACGCUGGAGUUCGACCCGACCCGGGACACGCUGACGGGCGCCGACGGCACCCAGUUCCGGCUGGAGGUGCCGCGCGGCGACGAGCUGCCCUCGCGCGGCUUCGACGCCGGCGAGGACACGUACCAGCACCCGCCGGCCGACGGCAGCGGCUCGGAGGUAGCCGUAGACGCCAAGUCCCAGCGCCUGCAGCUGCUGGAGCCGUUCGCUCCCUGGGAUGGCAAGGACAUGGACGAUAUGACGAUCCUGAUCAAGGUGAAGGGAAAGUGCACCACCGACCACAUCUCGGCUGCCGGCCCGUGGCUCAAAUUCCGCGGCCACCUGGACAACAUCUCCAACAACAUGUUCCUCACGGCGGUUAACGCCGACACGGGCGAGAUGAACGCCGUCAAGAACCAGGUCACGGGCGAGGUGGGCGCCGUGCCGGCCACCGCCCGCGACUACAAGGCGCGCGGGGUCAGCUGGUGCGUGGUCGGCGACGAGAACUACGGCGAAGGUUCGUCGCGGGAGCACGCAGCGCUGGAGCCGCGCCACCUGGGCGGCCGCGCCAUUAUUGUCAAGUCGUUCGCGCGCAUCCACGAGACGAACCUGAAGAAGCAGGGCAUGCUGCCGCUGACCUUCGCCAACGCCGCCGACUAUGACAAGGUACAGACGACGGACAAGCUGUCCCUGAAGGGCCUCAGCAGCCUGGCGCCCGGCAAGCCGGUGGAAUGCGUGCUGAAGCACGCCGACGGCAGCACCGACACCAUCCAGCUGCUGCACUCGAUGAACGCCCAGCAGAUCGAGUGGUUCAGCGCCGGCUCGGCGCUCAACAGGAUGCGGCAGAAGCGGCAGCAGUGAGCGGCCGGCGCUGGACGCUCCGUAGUGGGAUGAGAGCCGCGCGGUGGGUGCGGACGCGCCGCUCCGGACCCGCGCUCGGGGGCCGACCGCCUGCCGCGGCCCGGGCCGGGGUGUUGAUUAGUGACUGCAGUGUUACGCCGGCGCCGUGCAGGGGUGAUUCGGGUGUUGCAGGGUGUGGUGGGGGCGAGCCCGACCCAGCUGCGCCCCGCCGCGGCCAGGCUGGGCGGAGCCAGUUCUCACGGCGGCGUUCGCGGCUGUGGUCCGGCGGCUGGCGGGCGGCGCGCGUGCCGGGCAGGCGUGCGUGGGCUUUGGUGUGGAAGUGGUGGAGGUGGGGGAUCUGGUGGUGCUAGACGAUAGACGCCGCUCGUAGUCGAAUGGUCCGCCAACAACUGAACAGAGUCCUUGAGGCGGCGAGUUGGAUGCCCGACGGUGCUGCCACCGCUGUAAGUGCAGUCUGUGCGGCCGGUUAGUAGGUGGCGCCGCCGUCGCGUGAUGGUGGCCGGCGUCUGGGCUCAAGCCAUCAGUAUUGAAUCUGGACGCGUGUUGGGAGCGUCGAGUGUGGGACGUUGUUUGACUGGUUUUGUCAGUCGGAUAGAGGCUCGUGCAAUUCACGGCACUGUAUAAACGUGCACUGUACAGCGACCCAGCAUGGUUGGCUGCGUGUUUGUGUGAAUGUCCCCAAUACAUGUUUUUGAGAAGUGCCAGAUGUGCCUAGGGCUCAUACGGCACUUCUCCUUUA